CUGACAAGAUCACAGCUCUUUGUUCUGCCAGGACGACUCAGGAGGGACAGACCGAGGACAGUCCAGCAGGGUCCAGCAGGAUGGUUCUGAAGACCUUCCUGCUCUUCGGCCUCCUCAUCCUCACGGAGGGCUUCAAUCUGGCAGAAGACGAGUGGGAGGAGCUCGGUCCGGACGUAGCUGCCCUGCACCGCCUCCGAGGACUGUCCCAUCACAUGUCCCACCACAGUCUGCAGGGGUUCUCCGCUCAGAGACAGACGAGGAGAGCGAGGGCGGCCGGGCUCAGAGCUGACGAUCCGAUGAGUUGGCUGAAGACUCUUCAGAGAUGUGAUAACUUCACCUCUUGUGUCAGUCGAAGGGAACAGGAUUUUGACAACUUCUUGGCAAAGAUUGAGGAGCAGAAGGUUGAAGACUGGCUGAUCAGCGCUUCAGAGAUCUCACACAGCUACAGCCAGAAGCUUCUGGUCUUGACUGAUGAAGAGAAGUCCACCAAAGCCAGAGCCCAACAGGAGUACUACACCGAUCCUCAUUACUCAGCCAUCAUCAGCAAAGGGUGCCUGCUCAAUGACUCCUGCCUACCAGAGGUGGACAGCUCCACUGUGGUCAAGGUAUUUGGACGUGUUUCAGAAGACGGACUCACUGUGUCGGACCUUUCUGGCUCAGCUCUUGCCGAUCUGCUCUUGACAACACCACUGAGAGCAGCUCCAGUUUUCUCUCUGGAUGGAAACACCACCACGGACUUCCAACACAGCUUCAUUCGUGUUUCCAUGGCCCGGGCCCUCCAAGCAGUCCUGGAAAUAAACCAUGGCAAUCAUCACAUUUACCAGGUGAUGGAUCAGCCCAACUCAGUCUCCUCCUACCAGAUUCCACAAAGAGCAGUUGAUCACAGCACACAGUACGACCACCAGCAGAUCGUCAUUCUGGAAGAUCACCCUGUGGUCAGACAAGCUGCUACUUCUCUAUAUGAGAAGCAUCCAUCAGUCAGCUCAGUCUACCAGCUGGAUCAGAACCACAGACUCAAACUGAUUCAUGGUGAAUCCACUCCUUUGUCUGCGGACAGCAGGCUGGUGCUGGUCGGCCACGGGGUCCGAGAUGGCUCUGGAGAGAUGAGACUGGCGGGGUUCACACCCGAAGACGUGAGUAGAAUCAUUCAGAGGACCUCCAGGGUCAGCAACACCAUCAAAACUACCAGUGUGGUGGGAUGUGAGGUCGGAUCAGAUCCAAAUUUUAUCAAAUCUCUGCUGAAGGAGCUCCAGACCGCCGGCAUCAAAACCAAGCUGCAUGCGAGGAAUGCUGUGGUCCAAGUCCGACACACCGGAGAGAAAAUCACCCAAGAACUCUCUCCAGAUGGAGUGCAGUGGAAACAUAAAGAUGACAGCAAGAAAGUGGUUGCAACUCUGGACCGGAAUGGAGAGGUCGUCAUCAGAAAUGAGGCUGGUAGUAAAGGAGAAGCAGUUUUUACUAACGAACGGAACUUUCUUGUUAAACCAAAAAAAGGACAAAACAAAAACCAAGGAGCCCAAGCCAACGUCGACACAAACAUCUGGCCAGAAGAACCAAGAAGAUUUGUUAACCUGGACAUUUUUGAGGGGGGCAACAAGCAUGAAGUGUACCAAAGAAAGAAUUACAUGGAGGAACUGGAGGGACUGACCUGGGCUCUUUUUCAUCCUGAUCAACCACCUCCAAGGAAAAUCAGACUCAACAACAACCAACCACUGAGAGAACAAUUCACGAUAGCAGAAAGAGACGGGAACAAUAUAAGAUGGAUGGACAACGAGGAACAAAUAAGACGAGUCCUUCAAGAAUGUUAUGAGGUCAGAUCAGGAGAAGAUGUUCGAAAUGUUGUUCGUCACUACGCAAAGAACAGAGAAAAUAAAGUCACCUACGUGAUGGUCGAUGACUGGAUCCUGAAGAUUGAUCCUGAAAGUCUUUAUGCAUUUCCAGUUGGAAAGAAACUUGACAACAAUCAAAUGGGAAACAACAACAGAAUUGAGGAGGUGAGAGGGUAUAUAAAAAGACAGGUUGGAAAAGAAAGCUACACCGCCAUGAGAGGAGCAAUUACGAAAAAAGGAGAGUAUGUUGCAUUUGUAAGAUCUAUCUUUCAGGGAGAGCAACUUAGACUCCCAGCAGCCACUAAGGCCUGGUACGCCACAUAUUUCACAGCAUCCAUCAUUUCUGAAUCUGCCAGAAACUUCCGGACACUCCCUCUAACUCUUAUGGCUCUUGAAUUGGCUGGAAACUUUGAUCCGAAAGGUACUAAGUUCUUUUUUGAGGACCAUCCAAUGGCAAGAGGAGGAAGCUGGGUGAACGGAGACAAACGAGGAUUCAGUGGUGCAGCAGAUCCUGGAGAUUCAAGUAAACUGAACAACCUGAAAGAAGUCGCAAACCUGGAAAUGGACUUUUUCACAAAGUGGAUGAAAACUGUUGAUCAGAAUAAAGUCCUCGGUUCAAUGAGAGAACUCGCACAAAAAUACAAGGUCUUCACAGAUGAUGCUCCUGCUCAGUCCUUCACAGAGGAUUAUAACAAAUUCAGAGAAAUGAUUGAGGCACAACAGCCAAAAGCAUCUGGAUCACUGGGCGGUCAUGGGGAUGGCUAUGUGACACUACGAGAUUUAAACUCCGCUUCAGAAUUAGAGAGCUCCUUCAAACACGAGUCCUAUUUCUCCAGAGCCUCUGCGUCGAUAACCGAGGAGAUUCGUGUUAAGCUGACAGAAAAAUAUGGUGAAAAUCUGGCCAAGUGGCGUGUGAAAGAAGGAACAGCCAAACUAGAAAACGGAGAGUUUGUGUGUCAGCUUGUGCCUGAGGGAGCUGAUGCUCAGCCAAUAGAAUUCAGGACGGAGUUAUCUGCAGAGAGCAGACAGUACAAUGAGAAGAUGCUGAAGAGCAUCAACACAGCAGUUGGAGACAUGGAGACUCACAGCUCCAAACCUUCCCACCAAGUCAACAAGAAGGUGGAGCACAUUGGAGACGCUGUUGGAGUUCUGGGUCUCAUGCUGGGGAUGAAGGGAGCCGUCACUGCCUUUGAACAUGGAGACAUCCAAGCCGGCGUGGUGGGAACUUUACAAACAGCACAUGGAGUAGCGGCCAUGACCACAGCUGUUGUUGCAAAACAAGCUUUGUCCACAGAGACGAGAAUCGGCAAAGCUGCAGCCGCCAUCAUGAAGAGCCCUGCAAUGAGGAGAGCAAUGAUAGCUGUACCCAUCGUGGGCAUUGGAUUUGGGGUUUACAGUUUAGUUGAAGAUUUUAGGAGAGGUGACACUCUGGGAUACAUUGACGCUGCAUUAGAUGCUACGAUGAUUGCUUUAGAUAUCGUAGCCCUUGUCCAGCCUGAGCUCGCACCUAUUUUAAUCCCGAUCAGUCUGGCUCUGUCCGUCGUCCGGAUCGUCAUUGACGAUGUUUAUGUGGCCAUCAAGAGCGAACUGGACAGACUCCCGGCUAACGCCGGAAUCCUGCAAAGAAUUGGUGCCGCAUUUGUUGGUUUGGGAAAAGGUUUGUUGCGUUUUGCAAUUCGUGUGGCAAGUCUGUUUUAUGAUUGGGGUUAUGAAGAAAUUGAGAAUGGACGAAGACUUGUCGCACAGAUUUCAGAUCAUCACGACUAUUACCAAAUCACAACGCAGGAUGGAAGGACUGCCAUUGACUUCACCAGUGGUUCUGCCUCCUGGAAUGGAGGAGGUAUUGACUUCUGCCUUGCUGACCAGGAUCCAGCCAAACUCUGCAUGGACUAUUUUGUUUCCAGUGAAAACAGUUUUGGGAAGAACUGCUGGGACAUCUAUACCAGUGGAAGUAAAGACAUUGUUCUUGGUCUGGGACAAUCACACAGCUUAGAGUACAAAACUGUAACAAAAAAAGUACUCAUGUUCAUACCAGUGGGCUCUGUGAGAGUGGUUUCAGGUUAUGAAACUUUAUCUAAUACAAGGUAUGGGACCUACAGGGGAAACAGGGAUUCAAAUCAUUUCUUUGCAGUUCAGAAAUCAUCAGACCAACAAACCAUGGAAGUCAUGCUGAGUUACUACUACAAUCUUUAUGGAGAACCAGGUGAUGACAUUUUCUUCCUUGGUCCACAGAAAAGUCAUGUUGAAGGUUCUGCUGGGAAAGACACGUAUAUUAUUCCUGCAAACGGAGGAAAAACCGUCAUUAACAACUACGACCCCGCCAAAGAACCAGACACGCUUCAUUUCAGUGUGGACUACAGCCAUAUCUCUGUGUCCAAAUCUGGAAACCAUGUAGUGCUGACAUAUGAGGGCAGCCACACAGUGAUGAUCCAGAACUGGUUUUCAGGGGAGCUGUAUCGUCACAUGACCAUGCUGUCAGGAGACGGAGUCUUGUUUGAGGUCUCCUCCGCCAUCGUUUCCAGAGUCCGGCUGGUGGCCAGAGGAAUCAACAAGAUGUUCUCCAAAAGCGGUCAGACCGUCAAAGCUUCACAGCCUCUUUUACAAACUGUCACAAACAUCCUGGGAUCUCCGUUUGAUGACGUACUCAUUGGAAAUAAAGAGAACAACCUGAUAGAUGGAGGAGGAGGGAGAGACCUGUUGAUUGGUGGUGAAGGAGAAGACAUAUACAUGGUGACGGGCCGACAGCAGUCCACAGUGGUUGUUGAAAAUUACUCCACAGACAAUAAAACAGACCUGCUGAUAUUAGAAGCUGCUCUUCAUGCUGUCACAGUGACUGUACGAGGGGCCGAUGCUCUUCUGUCAGCUGUCCAGGACAACGUGGUCUUCAGCGUGACCAUCAAGAACUGGUUCAGGUCUUCAGCAGACAGACACUUGCUCAUCGUCACCAAGGAUCUGAUCACUUCCUCAAUCUCAGAAAACAAGGCCGACUGCCAGCAGAGGGACGUCUUCAGCAGAUGCCUGAAGAGUCACAGCAUGGACUACAGCCGCUCCACCUCCGCUCUGAAGGUGGACCUUCAGGAGGACGAGGCUUUAAACAGCGUGACGGAGGUCCGCGGGUCAAACUUAGACGACGUCAUCAAAGGAAACAAGGAACACAACGUCAUCUACCCAGGAAGUGGAAACGAUUUCUUGGAGGGUCGAGGAGGAGAGGACUGGUACAUCAUCACACCAAGUCCAGGUUCAGGAGGAAAAACCAUCAACAACCUGUCACCAGAUCUGGACGUGGACGUUCUCUUCUUGAAGGAGGAAUACAAGAAUAUCAGAUGUCGCUGUCAGGGACGCAGCAUCGUCUUAGAGGUAAGAGGCUCAAAAGCGGUUACUUUGCAAAACUGGUUUGUUUCAAAGAAUCAUCAGCACCUGCAGAUCAAAACCAGUGACGGCGUCACAGCUGGACUGAAGACCGACAUGAGCAGCUGUGGAGAGGAGUUACUGUUGCCUUCAACCGUUGAUUACAGAAACCAGCAACCCGAGACACUUCCACCACCCCACACUCGUCCCCCCUGCUACAGAUACAGAAGCUCUCACUCACAGGACAAAAUGCUCUGUGGCAAAGCUGGCAAAGUGAUGAGGAUGGAGGAGGUGGAGUCAGUCCGAGAAAUGUACGGCUCCUCAGGUUUUGACAUCAUGGUGGGAAACAACAAGGAGAAUGUGCUGGAUCCGUACACAGGGGGAGCACUGAUGUGUGGGGGGGAAGGAAAAGACAUGUACAUCAUCAAACAUGGGUAUGGAAAGGACGUCAUGAUCGAUAACUUUGCUCAAGAUGAAAGUAUUGACACUGUGCUGGUGGACAUGGAUUACCUUGAUGGUGGACAAGUCCUGUUGGACUCAACGGAUGAGGAUCUGAAUGUAGCAAUCGUAGCAAAAGAAGAAACCUUAACUUUCAGUCUGCUCAACUUUCACAGGAACUCCAAACACCAGCACCUGCAGUUCCAGAGCUCUGACGGGGUGCAUUUCAAACUCAAAGCACUCAACGCCACACUUCCUCUCUUUGAGACAGAGGCCUUCAAAGUCACCCUGAAACAGUCUCAGGUGGACUGCCACUUGGACCUCGGCUCUCAGAGAAACCUGUCCAAGGUCCACACCGUGCACAGCUGUCCUUCCCAGUCCAAUCUGAUAGUCGGGAACCGUGAGGACAACGCUCUGAUUGGUGGAUGGCAGGAUGAUAUACUGGAUGGAGGGGAUGGAGACGACUCUCUGAUCGGAGGACGAGGAAGUGACUUGUUGAUUGGCGGGAUGGGGGACGACACCCUUUAUGGAGGCGAUGGAGACGACACACUGAUGGGGAACUCUGGCUGGGAUGUCUUCAUUCCUGGAGCAGGGGCGGAUGUGAUGGACGGAGGUCCUGGCAGAGACACGGUGGUGUACCACGGUGACCAUCAGAAGAGGGAAGGGGUUUACGUCAACCUGCUGACCGGACAGGGCCGCCACGCCGACGCUGAGGGCGACGUGUUGAAGGACGUGGAGACCGUCAUCGGCACCAUCUACUCCGACCUUCUGGUGUCCGGUUACGAAAGUUCCCUUCUGAAAGGCUCCGACGGAAACGACGUGUUGGUGUCCACUGGGGAAGACUACCUGGCUGGAGGCGACGGAAACGACGUUUACAUGCUGGCUUUCAAAGACGCUUCAGUCACGAUUGACAACUGUGCUAAAGAUGACGCUGUGGAUAUCCUGUACCUGAGCUCACACUCAGAACUCAUGUUUGACUGCCGACUCCUGCCGGACGGAGUCCUCCUGGACUUCUACGGACUGAACCAAAGAGCCAGAGUUACUGUGAAAGGCUGGAGCAGCGACCGUCAUGAAUGUGGUCAUUUGGUGGUGGUGUUCAGAGGAGUGGAGGCGUCGGUGGACAGGUUGCUUCAAGAGUGUCACUUCAGACAGAAGGAGGCCGUGUGGUCUCUCAUCAUCACCUCUGUCAUCUGCGUCAGCCUCGUCCUCUUUCACUGCGCCUUUGUUGUCCAGUUUUUGACCAAGUCAAUCACAGCAGCGCGACAACAGAAGCUUCAGAGAGACACUGAGUGCUGUGUUGAAGGAGAGAAUGAUUCCAUGAUGGCUGAUGAGACUUAGACAUCUGUGGGACCAUGGAUUCUUUUACUUUCAGUUAUUCUCACUGAUUUGCUAAGUUCUUACUCGAUCAUCAAUCAUUUCACACUUUGUCUUUUUGAUUUAUAACUUUGUAGAAAUUAUGAUAAUGUGACAGGUUCCUCUCAGGAGCAUGGCGUUGCAGGCUUGGCCUGCUGCUUUAAAUUUAAAUGCAUUAUGGGUAGUUUAGCGUUGGUUUUUGUCUUCUGCGCUGUCUCGGUAAUGGUUGUAUGUACUCGCUAUGAGUUGUUGUCGAAGUGAUUGGAAAAAUUAAAACAGCCAGUGAUCAUCCGA